AUGAGUCGCCAGCUGUCCGUCUACUCCAGCGGGGAGCGCCUGGGCUUCAGUGGCUGCUCGGCAGUCAUCUCGGGCCGGUUCAGCAGCAGUCGCUCCUCCUUCAGGGCCGGGGUCAAGGGCGCAGCCACAUUUGGCAGCCGGAGCCUCUUCAACAUGGGGGGCGGCCGGCGCCUGGCACUCAGCGCUGCUCGGGCGGGUGGCUUUGCGCCAGGCCAGGGGGGCACGAGUGGUGGCCGUCCCGGGGGCUUCGUGGGCACCGUCUUUGGCAGCGCUGGAUUGGGGCCGACAUGUCCGUCUGUGUGUCCCCCGGGGGGCAUCCCUCAGGUCUUUGUCAACAAGAGCCUCCUGGCUCCCCUUAAUGUGGAGCUGGACCCCGAGAUCCAGAAGGUGCGCACUCAGGAGCGCGAGCAGAUCAAGGCGUUGAACAACAAGUUUGCUUCAUUCAUUGACAAGGUACGCUUCCUGGAGCAGCAGAACCAGGUGCUGGAGACCAAGUGGGAGCUGCUGCAGCAGCUGGACCUGAACAACUGCAGGAAGAAUCUGGAAUCCAUUCAUGAGGGCUACAUCAGCAGCCUGCGGAAGCAGCUGGAAGUGCUGUCCGGGGACCGGGUGAGGCUGGACUCGGAGCUGAGGAGCAUGAGGGACGUGGUGGAAGACUACAAGAAGAGGUACGAGGUGGAGAUUAACCGACGCACUGCUGCUGAGAAUGAGUUCGUGGUGCUGAAGAAGGAUGUAGAUGCUGCCUACAUGAACAAGGUUGAGCUUCAGGCCAAAGUAGAAUCUCUGACAGAUGAUAUCAAAUUCUUCAAGUGUCUCUAUGAAGGGGAGAUUGCUCAGAUGCAGUCCCACAUCAGUGACACCUCUGUCAUUCUGUCAAUGGACAAUAACCGACAGCUGGAUCUGGACAGCAUUAUUAAUGAUGUUCGAGCCCAGUACGAGGACAUGGCUGUGAAGAGCAAGGCUGAGACAGAGAACCUGUACCAUGACAAGAUCCAGGAGCUGCAGCUUACAGCAGGCCAGCAUGGGGAUGACCUCAAACUCACCAACGCUGAGAUCUCAGAGCUUAACCGGCUGAUCCAGAGGAUCCACUUGGAGAUAGGCAACGUGAAGAAGCAGUGCUCCAACUUGGAAACAGCCAUCGCUGACGCAGAGCAGCGGGGUGACUGUGCACUCAAAGAUGCCCGGGCCAAGCUGGACGAGCUGGAGGGCGGACUGCAGCAGAGCAAGGAGGAUCUGGCCCGGAUGCUGUGUGAGCACCAGGAGCUCUUGAACGUCAAGCUGGCGCUGGACAUGGAGAUUGCCACCUACAGGAAGCUGCUGGAGGGUGAAGAGAGCAGGAUGUCUGGCGAGUACCCGAAUUCUGUGAGCAUCUCUGUCAUCAGCAGCACCAAUGCCGGGCCAGCAGGGGCUGGCUUCAGCGUGGGAUUUGGUGCCUCUAACAGUUACAGCUACAGACCUAUGGGGCUGGAGGUCAAGACCAAAGGCAGCUGUGGCAGCGAGCUCAAGGAUUCGGUUACUAAAACCUCGGGCAGCAGCUGUACAACCAAAAAGGCCUCCAGAUGA